AGACUGGAGGUCGACUUUUCUUGCAGCUGAACAGCUCAUAGUAACUCAGAGGCUGGUGUGCUCUUGUGUCAUCUGUUUCAACAUUAAGACUCCAGUUAUCAAGGAUUACCAUGGAGAGUGGACAAUGGACUGAAGACAUUAAAAAAGCACUAGAAAAUAAUGAUCGGGCCUUAGCUGUAAAAAGGAUACAGGAGUAUCUGGACAAGGAGAAUAAUACUCCAAUAAAUAUUGCAGUCACGGGAGAGUCUGGCUCUGGUAAAUCCACCUUCGUUAAUGCCUUCAGAGGCAUAAAUAACGAGGAUGAGAGAGCUGCUCCUACUGGUUGUGUAGAAACCACCAUAGAGGUUACACCAUACCCCCAUCCCAACUAUCCCAAUGUCACACUGUGGGAUAUUCCUGGUAUUGGCAGAUUUCCAGCUGACAAGUACCUGAAGUUUGUUGGAUUUGAAAGGUUUGACUUCUUCAUCAUCAUCUCAGCUGAUCGCUUCAGAGAGAAUGAUGUGAAGCUCGCUCAGGAGAUUCAGAGGAUGAAGAAAAAGUUCUACUUUGUUCGCUCAAAGAUUGACUGUGACAUACGUGAUGAGAAAAGAUGCCAGAGGUCAAAGUUCAAUGCAGAAAGGACUCUUAAACCAAUCAGGGACAAAUGCAUUCAGAGUCUUCAAAGACAAGGUGUUGAGUCUCCUCAAGUCUUCCUGGUGUCCUGCUGUGAUCUCCACCUGUAUGACUUCCCUCUCUUAGUGAACACCUUUGUUUCAACAUUCAGACUCCAGUUUUCAAGGAUUAUCAUGGAGGAUUCAUCUCAUCUCAAAUCAACUGAAGACAUAAAAAUAGCACGAGAAAGCAGCAAUUGGGCCUUAGCUGUAAAAAUGAUCCAGGAGUAUUUGGACAGGAAGAAAAAUAUUCCACUAAAUAUUGGCUCCACAGGAGAGUCUGGCUGUGCUAAAUCCACCUUUGUUAAUGCAAAAACAAAAACACUAGAAAGCAAUAAUCAAGUCUUAGCUGAAGAAGUUAUACAGGAGUAUCUGGACAAGGAGAAUGAUAUUUCACUAAAUAUUGCCGUCACAGGAGAGUCUGGCUCUGGUAAAUCCACCUUCGUUAAUGCCUUCAGAGGCAUAAAUAACGGGGAUGAGAGAGCUGCUCCUACUGGUCCUGUAGAAACCACCUCAGAGGCUACACCAUACCCCCAUCCCAACUAUCCCAAUGUCACACUAUGGGAUCUUCCUGGUAUUGGCACCCCCAAGUUUCCAGCUGACAACUACCUGAAGCUUGUUGGAUUUGAAAGGUUUGACAUCUUCAUCAUCAUCUCAGCCACUCGCUUCAGAGAAAAUGAUGAGAAGCUCGCUCAGGAGAUUCAGAGGAUGGGGAGAAAGUUCUACUUUGUUCGCUCAAAGAUUGACACUGACAUACGUGAUGAGGAAAGACGUCAGAGGUCAAAGUUCAAUGCAGAAAGGUGUCUUGAACAAAUCAAGGAAAACUGCACACAAGGUCUUCAAAGAGAAGGUGUUGAGUCACCUCAAGUCUUCCUGGUGUCCAGCUUUCAUCGCCACCUGUAUGACUUCCCUCUCUUAGGGGACACCUUUGAGAGAGAACUUUCUGCACACAAGAAGCAUGCUCUGCUGCUGGCCAUGUCCAACAUCAGCCUGGAGGUCAUCGACAAGAAGAAAAAGGCUUACCAGUCCAAAAUAAAAUACUAUGCUUUGCUUAGUGCAGGUGGAGCAGCUGUACCAGUUCCUGGGAUUUCUGUUGCAGUUGAUGUGGAUGUGUUGGUUUCUGUUGUUACACAAUAUGUAAAUGGGUUUGGGCUUGACGUCCUGUCUUUACAGAGACUUGCUGACAGUACACAUGUGCCAUAUGAUGAACUGACUGCCAUCAUAGUUUCACCACUGGCUGCAGUUAAAAUAACCCCUGAUCUUGUGUUGAAGGUGCUUUCUCAGUGUGCAGACCCAGCUGUAUUAAGGACAUCAGAGGAAGGGUUCAGAUUUACUCCAGUAUUUGGAAUCCCUGCAGCAAUGAGUCUCUCUUUUAUCUGCACCUACAGAGCUCUCAAUACUUUACUCGACAUGCUUGCUGAGGAUGCACAGAGGGUGUUUAAAAAGGCAUGGGUUUGGACACCUCAGUGUGAUUUUGUGAGGUGAAUGGCAGUGACAUUUAAUGUCACAUUAAAAACUGCAGAGAAAGAGCUUUUGGAUUUUUCUUUUAAUAAACUGCAUUGUUUUUAAUAAGCACUGUAUUCAAGUCACAAUAUUGUAUUCUAGCUGCACAUUUUAGCAACCAUGCAUCACAGGUUUUGCAGUUGAUCACUCCAUCAGUGGCUCCUGUAUAAAUGUUAUUUGCUCAUAUAAAAGCAAAUAUUAAUAGAAAAUGUCCCAUAGCUUGUACGCACAUUAAAACACGCCUCUUUAUCCUUUUAAAACAGGAAAGUCACGAUAACACUGAAUAAUUCAUAAUACGUUUUUAAUUAUUUUCUGGUUUGUUACGAUUUUUAAUUAUUUAUAUAUGUGUCAUGAAUAUUAGAAACACUGCUGUCUUCUCUGAUUGUUUUUAUGUUAAGAAGUUCUUGAUGUGUGUUAUUGUGUCUCGUUGAUGCCUGGAGAUGGUGUAAUGAGAGUUUGCUGCCCUCCAGUGGUCACUGGGAGGAACUACAACACAACAUCCUUUAAAGAAAAUCAUUGACUGAAGCUGCAAUCCCAUUAUUAAAUAUUUUCUUAAUAAAUCAA